AUGGCGAAAUGGUUGUCCUUCUUCGCGGAGUAUAACUUCCGGGUCGAGUACAAACACGGAAAGUUGAAUAUCGUCGCGGAUGCGUUGUCGCGACAACCGGACUACGCUGUCAAGACAGUCGACAUCAACCGGGUUGAUGUCACUCGGAAUUAUACACCGUCCUCGUCCUUGUUGGACGAGGUGAAGGCCGCGUAUGCGCAAGACGCAGACGCAAAGCAGCUGAUCGAGUUCCUCUCAGCUCCUUCCGACAAAUCACGUCGGAAGUUGGCCCCUCGUCUACGGGCAAGUGCACACCGGUAUCGUGUGCACGACGGUCUACUGCUUUAUAGUGCUGUAGACGACAAUGCGGAACGCAUUGAUGAUCCUGACCUGCGCAGCAGGAUCAUGUACGAGUAUCACGAUGUCCCCACGGCGGGACACCCAGGACGUGAGAAGACGUACUUCCUUCUCACGCGAGACUUCUAA